GCGGCGGGACGGCGCGGCGCUGAGCGGCGCUGAGGCCUGUGGCGGUGCGGGCGGCGGAGGCCGAGUCGGGCCGGGGCUGCCCGGGGCUGGAACGUCACUCGUCGGGCGGCGAAGGGGCUCGAGCUCGAGAGGUGCGGCCCGGCCCAGCCCAGCCGUGACCGCGCGGAGACGCAGCGCUGUCUGGGCCCGCUGUAACUGCGCUUUUCUCUUCUAAAGCAGUUUGUGACUUUGUGCCGCCCGCCGGGCAGAGCGCUCGGCGGAGUUCCGUGCGUGCUGCCCCCGGCGCUGCCGUGCUCUGUGCCCGGUGCCCGGUGCCCGGUGCCCGGCUCGUCCCGUGGCCGUCGCGUUCUCGUGGCCCCGCGCUGUGCUGUGAGCGGCCGGUCCGGGCGUGCGGUACCGCCUGGUGUCCGCGCUGCCCCGACUGCGGCACCAGGAGUCUCUGAAGCGCGGUCUGUGGAGAUGGGGGCACGGAUCUGCGCAUUGUGGGGGCUGCAGGAAGGCCCCGAUGGAAUGUGUCCCGGGAAAAGGUUUUGACAAAACCGUCCGCUGUGUGGAACCGAAAAAGGCGUUAUUUGAACUUGUUGGAGAAGGAGACUCGGGACGGCCGGAAUGGCUGUGAGCAUGGAUGACGACGUCCCCCUCAUCCUCACCCUGGAUGACAGCGGCAGCAGCGCCUCGGCCCCGCUGGACAGCCUGGAUCGGGAGGAGCUGCCCAACGAAAAUGGAGGUAGCUAUGACAUUACUAAUGAUGCAUCCAGCCCUGCUCCAGGGGACUGCUGUGCACAGCAGAGCUCUGCCCAAUACAACUGGGAAAUGAACUACCAAGAGGCAGCAAUCUACCUCCAGGAAGGAGAAAAUAAUGAUAAAUUCUUCACUCACCCCAAAAAUACCAAAGCACUUGCUGCCUACCUCUUUGCACACAAUCACCUUUUCUACCUAAUGGAGCUGAGUGCUGCUCUGCUUCUCCUGUUGCUGUCUCUCUGCGAGGCACCAGCUGUUCCUAUGCUCCGUCUUGGCAUCUUUGUCCAUGCAACCCUGGAGCUGUUUGCAUUAAUGGUGGUAGUCUUUGAGCUCUCAAUGAAGAUGAGAUGGCUGGGCUUCCACACAUUCAUUAGACACAAGAGGACUAUGGUGAAGACUUGUGUGCUGUUUGUACAGUUUAUAGAAGCCAUUGUGGUGUUGGUGCGCCAAACCUCACAUGUCCGCAUAACGAGAGCUCUGCGCUGCAUCUUCUUGGUAGACUGCCGCUACUGUGGUGCAGUCAGGAGAAACCUGCGUCAGAUCUUCCAGUCCCUCCCACCAUUUAUUGACAUUCUUCUCCUUCUGCUUUUCUUCAUGGUGAUCUUUGCCAUUCUGGGUUUUUACUUGUUUUCUCCGAACCACUUGGAUCCGUACUUCAAUACCUUGGAGAACAGCCUCGUGAAUCUCUUUGUACUUUUGACCACUUCAAAUUUCCCUGAUGUGAUGAUGCCGUCUUAUGCUCGGAACCCUUGGUCAUGUGUCUUCUUCAUAGUGUAUCUCUCCAUCGAAUUGUACUUCAUUAUGAACUUGCUUCUUGCUGUUGUGUUUGACACUUUUAAUGACAUUGAGAAGAGGAAGUUUAAGUCUUUGCUGCUGCACAAGCGCACAGCCAUACAGCAUGCCUACCGCUUGCUCAUCUCCAAACAGAGACCAUCUGGGAUUUCCUUCAGGCAUUUUGAAGGGCUGUUGCGGUUUUACAAGCCUCAGAUGUGCACCCGGGAGCGAUAUCUCACUUUUAAAGCACUGAAUCAAAGCAAUACUCCUUUACUCAGUCUGAAGGAUUUUUACAAUUUCUAUGAAGUUGUUGGCUUAAAAUGGAAGGCAAAACGAAAUCGUGAGCACUGGUUUGAUGACCUUCCACGGACAGCAUUCCUUAUUUUUAAAGGCAUCAACAUCCUUGUGAAUUCACGUGUAUUCCAAUACACCAUGUAUACUGUGGUGGCUGUGAAUGGAAUUUGGAUUCUUGUUGAAACCUUCAUGCUGCAAGGAGGGAAUUUCUUCUCCAGGAAUGUCCCGUGGAGCUACAUAGUCUUCCUCACAAUCUAUGGUGUGGAGCUGCUCCUGAAAACCACUGGACUGGGACCCGUUGAGUAUCUGUCCUCAGGCUGGAAUCUCUUUGACUUCUCAGUCACCCUGUUUGCAUUCCUGGGGCUUAUGGCACUGGCGUUCAACAUGGAGCCAUUCUACUUCAUUGUUGUCUUGCGACCUCUUCAGCUGCUGAGACUCUUUAAAUUGAAGAAACGCUACAGGAAUGUCCUGGACACUAUGUUUGAGCUGUUUCCUAGGAUGGCCAGCUUAGGUUUAACCCUGCUGAUCUUCUACUAUUGCUUUGCCAUUGUUGGCAUGGAAUUCUUUGCUGGUGUGGUCUACCCGAACUGCUGCAACACAAGCACAGUUGCAGAUUCGUACCGCUGGGUGAACCAGACAGUUGGCAACAAGACAGUUGUGGAAGAAGGCUAUUACUAUCUCAACAACUUUGACAACAUUUUGAACAGCUUUGUUACACUGUUUGAGUUGACAGUCGUCAAUGAUUGGUACAUAAUCAUGGAAGGGGUGACAUCUGAAACCACUCACUGGAGCCGCCUCUAUUUCAUGAUCUUCUAUAUUGUGACCAUGGUGGUGAUGACAAUCAUUGUGGCAUUUAUUCUGGAGGCUUUUGUCUUCCGCAUGAACUACACUCGGAAGAACCAAGAUUCAGAAGAAGACAAUGGCAUUGUGCUGGAGAAGGAGAUCUCCAGGGAGGAAGUGAUUGGGAUAAUCGAGCUGUACAAGCAGAGUUCAGCUGCCACCGAAAUUUCUCAGCUGCAGAAGAUUGUUUUGCAGAUGGAUAAACAUGGGCAAGUGUCAAUGCUGUUUCUGGGACGCAGAUCGAGGACCAAGAGUGACUUAAGUAUGAAGAUGUAUGAGGAGGAGAUCCAGGAAUGGUAUGAGGAACAUUCCAGGAAAGGGGAACCCCAGACACCGUUUCAAGAGUCUGCAUCUGCUUCCCAGAGCUCUCUGAAGCCCCUGAGCCUCCGACAACGUUCCCAGACCAUCAUCUAGGCCUGGGUAGUGCAAGCUGCCUUCUAUGCAAUAACCUAGAGUAUUACUUCACAGCGUAUAUGUUGAGAUGAUGUAUAUAGAUCUGUUCCAUGUACUGGUUGGUGUUAGGGAUAAAUGCUCUUCCACUAAGCAGCAAAAAAAAAACAACAAGUGGACUCUGCUACAACCAGACUGAGCACGAUGUCUGUGUUCAGCACAGAGUGACCUUCUUGGAUACAAAUGGAGACCUUUUCCAUCUGAGCUGCUUCCCAAGCUCAAGCCAGCUGUUUGUCUUAGCAGUAACAGACCCAAGGGAAAGGGAUGUGUAAUCCAUUAACAGCAGGAAAUGCACUGAGGCUAUGUGCUUACAAUUUAAACAAACAAAAGAAACGGUCCCUUUUGAAUGUAGAGAACUGUUCCUUGAGCUGGCAAAUGCUGACUGGGUCAGACCUUAGGAUGGUCAUCUGCUGAAGGUCUUUACUAUUCCCUUGAAUUCUGGAUGCAGAACUGUGAAGGACAAUGAUUCUUCUCACCUGUCUGCUUUUCAGUGUCUGGCAGACCUGGUAGCUGGCAGAGAAGGAAGGAGGGGGGAAGGAGCUCCUUUGCCAACUCUGACAUGUUAAUUCUGGGAUUAUGGCAGGUCGCUUCAUCUCUUGUGUUUCAUUACUGCAAAGUGGUGACAGUCCGUCUCUGACUUCUUUUCUUAUACUGUCACCACAGAAAGUGCUGAGAGUGAACAAUGUCAACAUGGAGGUUCUCUCGCUGUUUGGUCUUUUCUCAGGUUCAGAUUACAUCUGGCAGGGAUGGGAGGCUUUCCCCUUCCUCUGGGUGAAUCAGGCAGUGGGAUGUAGGGAAUGGGCACACAAUCCCACAUACCUGUUGGUUUUUUUUCUAAGUAGUACCAGUACAUGGCACAAAGACAGAGGGACAGGACUGACCCUACAUGUUGCACAGAGAGCAUUUUCUGGAAAAUGAUGAGAUUUUCAGUGGCAGGCAGUGUGAUCUGUGCUUAUCAUCUCUGAACAGCCACACUCCCUGGGUGCCUCAGGACAGCUUUGUUUUCCUUCUGGGUUCUGCAGGUGGUAUGAAAGUACUUCUGAAACGAACCUUGAAGGAAAAGAAGUUUGAGUAUGGGGCCUCCCCUACUAUUUACUCUUCCUCCCUACCUUACCCACAGACUAAUGACAAUCAUUUUGUAGGGAAUGAGGGAGGAACACGGAGGAUUUUGUAUGCUGGUCUUUUGUUUAUAAAGAUAAUUUUAUGGACGUGUCUGUAAAAUGUUCUAUUUUUCAAGCACACUAAUAAAAAGCAUUGCAUUCUCAGCUUUGUAGAGACAA